GAUGAGCCAGGAGCUGUAGACUGAUGUGUUACCAGCCUGCAGGCCCUCCCAUAAGGUAGUGAUCUCAUCUGUCCACACCCCAGAUCAUCUUUAUAUACAGAGACAUGAGAAAUUGGAAGAGCUGGAAAGUCUUAUGGUCGAGAUAGGGGCGUAUGUUGAGAGACAAGAGGAGGAUGAUGUCCUACAGGAACCACAAGUUGGAAAAUACUGUCUAGCCCAGUAUGCCUCCUUCGAUGAGAGAUGGUACCGGGGCCAUAUACAAACAGUGAAGGAUGACACAGUAGAGAUAUUUUUCCCAGACUACGGCGACCUUGACUUUGUCCCACGGGAUAAGGUGCGAGAAUUUCCAGUUGACAAGUUCUUUGAGCUCCCAUUACAGGCAAUUGAAUGCAAGCUGGCCAACAUAGAGAAAAUAGGAGACACCUGGGAAAUUCGGGCAGGAGAUGCAUUGUGGGACAUGUCACACUUUGUGAAUGAAAAGGACCUUCGACCGCUUGUUGCCACGGUAGUACAGGCCAAAGAAGAGACCAAAUACGCUGGACGCCAGAAGUUUGUGGUAGAGCUUAGAACAACACAGAGGGAUCUUGGUCAGGAACUAGUGUGGAGACAGCUUGCCAAACAUACACCAGACUGUACAAAAUACACCCCAUUGUUACCCCGGUCCACACCGGGAAAGAGGGUGUUCCCAUCAAGACUCCAUAAGAUUCCUGGCCUCUGUUCUGCUGUGUAUUGGGAAAAGGACCUUUGUAAGGCUACCAAACUUGCCGAAGAGCUUUACAACAUCCUUUCAGAAUGUCUUGGAAGUUUAAGCACCACUCAGGAGUCAGUUGCAAAAGAAGGACUUGUGAGCUUGGUUAAGAUGGUGGGCAGGGUAACACAGCCGGAAAUCCACAAAACCAUAUUUGAGUGUCUACUGUGUUAUGUCAAAGCGGGUGACAGAAUGUGUGACAUCCUUUUGGAAGAGAACAUUGUUCAACUUUCAACUUAUUGCCUAGAAAUGAAUUCUUGUUCAAUUUACCAGCGCCAGGCUGCAGACUUUAUCGCCCAGGCUGCUAAUAUCUCAGUCAGACUGCAGGAAGCCUUCAGAGGUCAGGACUUAACUGAUGUUCUAUUUGAACUACUGGAAUCCACCAUGUGUCAGAAGGUGCAGGGAGCUUUGUGCCAGGCGUUUGCUUCUCUGACCUCAGGAUCAGACGGACUGUUUAAGUACCUGAUGUACCCAGGACAUGGCCUUGUACAAAAGGUUGUCUCGUUCCUGUCGAAGGCUUCAGAUCACUCAGUUUCUGAAGGAGUUCUGUCUCUUAUUGCAGCUCUUAGUCAACAUGAUAGUGGUCAUGAUGAUUUCAAGAAAGAAUCAUUAAUGGAAGCCAUUGUUAAGAAUCUCCAGAAAACUGAUUGUCCUAAGUGUAUUGCGUUUUGUGUACAGCAAUGUGACCACUUUGCCUCAACCCGUCGUAAACACAAGACCUUCCUCAUAGAGCACCACAUGAUAACCAUUCUCAACAGAAUCUUAGACCUAGAGAUGCCUCCUGCAACAAAACAGCUUUGUAAAGACCUUAAGACUUCCCUUGAUUUCAAGGUCCCUUCUGAGCCGAUCAGAGGGCUUCUCUUGAAACCAGGAAUGCAACAUAUGGGUCCUAUGUCAGACAGUUUGGUUGCUCCGGAGGUCCGCUGGAAUCAAAACUCUUUCGUAAUGUUGCUGGUGAUAAAGGUGUGUGAUGUCAACCCUGCAGCCCAUGACCUUGUCACCUUCACUGAGGAUACGGUCUCAUUCAGGGCCCUAUCCAGGGGUGUCAACUACGGGUUCACCUACCGGUUGUAUGACCGUGUGUUUGUUGAAAAGUGUACGUGGCAUGUUAAACAACGGGAGGUCCUUGUGUCACUCAAGAAACAGGAAAAGGGCAUGUGGAGUCGACCACUUCAUGACAAGAUCAAGCAUGGGAAUGUGGUGGCCGAUUGCGAGCAUAUUCUGGACAGUUCCGACUCAGAAGAGGAAGAUGAUCAGAGACCCUUCCUUCUCACAAAGGGAAAGAAGAAGAAAUCCAUGUUCCGCGGGAUGAAGCAGUCAACAGUUCAGGUGGGAGAACCCGAGGAUACGGAAACGGACACAAGCGACAGCCUCGAAAACAUGGAUCCUUUUAAUAACCGCACUGACUACGAUUUUGACAACAUUGCCUACCAAAACCCACUUUGAAAACAUGAACGACUAUGAUAAGCACACUGAUUACACAACCUAGCUGAGAUUGUGGAUCGAUAUUUGUUGGAAAAAAACAAAAGCAAAUCUGACAAAUUGCCAACCAGACAUUUGCACCAACUUUUCUGUUCCAUGACUUUGAAGUAUUGAGUUUGCGUGUUAACAAAAUUGCCCUGACAAUAUAUCAGUGACAUUCUAAUAUUAUCAAAUAAAAAAACCCAUAUAAAACAAGUGUUGCCAGAAACAAUUCCAACAUGUACAGCAAUGCCUAUAGUUCUGGCUUUAACAAUUUUAUUUUAUGUCCCCUUUUCGCCUUGAA